AUGGAGAACCAUAAUAAGGUGCUAAUGCUAAUGCUGGAACCUUUGAAGCAGGUUUUUUCAAUUUUGGAGAUACAGAGCGCCAAUACUUUGGUAUAUGACCAAGGGCAAGACAUUUACAUAAGGCUGGCAUCUUCAGAGCUUGAUCAUAAAAAGAAUAAGAGGAACUUGAAGCUUGUUGGGACUCUUGCUGGGGUUAUUGCAUUCAUCAUAGGACUAUCCAUUCUUGUAUUGGUCACAUCAGCAUUUAGAAAUAAGCUUGGGUAUAUAAAAAAGUUAUUUCACCGGAAGCACAAAACGGAGAAGGAAGAUGGUGACUUGGCUACAAUAUUUGAUUUUUCGACCAUCACUAAUGCAACAAAUAACUUCUCUGACAGAAACGAGUUAGGAGAAGGUGGUUUUGGAACAGUGUACAAGGGCAUAAUGGUAGAUGGCCAAGAGAUUGCUGUAAAGAGGCUUUCUAAAACAUCGGGGCAAGGAACCGAGGAGUUCAAAAAUGAAGUAAAGUUGAUGGCAACACUUCAACACCGUAAUCUUGUAAAACUUCUUGGUUGUUCUAUUCAACAAGAUGAAAAGUUGUUGAUCUACGAAUUCAUGCCCAACAGAAGCUUGGAUUGCUUUAUUUUUGAUACUAUGCAAAGCAAAUUACUAAAUUGGACCAAGCGCUUGGAAAUUAUUGAUGGGAUUGCUCGAGGGCUGUUAUCAUUUCUGGGAGAUCAAGCUGAGGCUAAUACAAAUAGAGUGAUGGGAACAUAUGGAUAUAUGCCUCCAGAAUAUGCGGUGCAUGGAUAUUUCUCAAUAAAAUCUGAUGUUUUUAGCUUUGGAGUCGUUUUACUUGAGAUAAUUAGCGGUAGGAAGAAUCGCGGAUUUUGUGACCCCAUACACCAUCUAAACCUUCUUGGUCAUGCAUGGAGACUAUGGAUUGAAGAAAGGCCACAUGAGUUAAUAGCUGAUAUAUCAUAUGAUGCAGAUAUAUCUUCUGAGUUAGAUCAUAGAAGAAAUAAAUGGAGCUUUAACAACAAGAAACUUGCAGGGGCACUUGGAGGAAUCAUUUUAUUUGUCAUGAUUCUUGGAUUGGCCACAUUUACAUACAAAAAGAGGAAGAAGCUUGCAAAGCCAGGGAUGCUAAAAAUAUUUCAUAGGAAGUGCAAAAGGGAGAAGGAAGAUGUGCAAUUAUCAACAAUAUUUGGUUUUUCAACCAUAUCUAAAGCCACAAAUCAUUUUUCAGACGGUAACAAGAUAGGACAAGGUGGUUUUGGACCGGUAUACAAGGGCGUAUUGGAAGAUGGGCUAGAGAUUGCGGUCAAGAGGCUAUCAGAAAAUUCUGAACAAGGAGAAGAAGAGUUCAAAAAUGAAGUUAUGUUGAUGGCGAAGCUUCAGCACCAAGCUUGGAUUAUUUCAUUUUUGAUUCAACGCGAAAGGAAAAGUUAA